GAUCGGAAGUGGUACCUUAGUUAAUCUCUGACUGACAGCUCCAUGCGUAUGUCUCCUGUGAUACUGAAACGGAACUACACAGUUGGUAUAUAUAUAACUCAUGUAUAUAUAAUGUAUUUGAUGUAUUUGUAAGGAUAUCGUUUUUGUAUCGAUCUUAAUUGAGGGCAGUAGAGGAAAGGCACCGGAAAGGAGUUUACACACGUCAGACGUUAGGCUUGUGACGGACUAACCCACCGGAAGAUCAGGUUGUCGAAGACGCCAGUUAACCACCAAUCAGAACGCUUCAAACCCCAAUCUAACCAAUCAGAGGCAAGAUAGGGGCGGGUGUUCGUCCACCUCGGGGGACACGAUGUGGAACUGCAGUCCGUGGGCUCUUCUGCCUCCUGUCUACUCUGUGUGCACAGCCGCUGGACUGUGGGCUGUAUACUUUGUCGCUGUCAACGAUGAGCAGAUCGUGCCCCUGAGCUCACAAGGCCGCAGAGUAAAUGGAUCCUGGUAUCCCCCAUACAUUAGUGUUGCAGGCAACUUUCCACCAGCCAGCUGCAUCUUCAGCGAGGUCAUGAACCUGGCAGCAUUUGUGGGGUUGAUCAUUGCCGUCCUAAGAUACCUUCAGCUGAAACACACCAUAGUCAAACCAUGGCUGAAUAUCGGUAGUCUUGUGGGUUUUGCUAUUGGCUGCUUUGGAAUGACACUCGUAGGAAACUUCCAGGUAUUCACUGAUAAGAUGAUUCACGAACUGGGCACACUUAUGACGUUUGGACUGGGAACGCUCUUCUGCUGGGUGCAGUCCUUCAUCACCCUGAAAGUGAACCUGAGGAACGAGGGGAGGAAGGUUGGAAUCGGUCGUUUCCUGUUGUCUGGAGCCGUCACUGUCUGCAUGAUCGUCCGUCCGGUCCUGAUGAUGAAGGACCUCCACAUGCACGCAGCCGGAUGCCAGUGGGCACUGGUCAUGUUCUUUCUCGCCUUCAUGGGCACUUUUGCCAUCGAGUUUCGUCACAACCGCUUCGAGAUGGUGUGCACCGAUAACUUACAGACCCACUCUGAAAUGUACAGGACCGAGCUGGACCAACUGUAGGGAUGUUACACCGACUCACAUCUGAGGAUCAUCGGGAUCAACUGCAUGAGGCCGUGUGUCUGAGAUGCCUUUACACCAUCUGAGGGGUUUCUUACUCCAGUGUUACCAAUAGUGACACUUGAGGGUCUGUAUUUAUAUGAGCUUAUAUGAGUAUUUUUCACCAAGGACAUUGCCAUGUGAACUGGAGGCGCUGGGCAUCAAACCACCGUCCCUCUGGUUAAUGGUCGACCUGCUCCAUUUUCAGAGUCAAAGACGCCAUCGCCCCAUGUUCACGCUUGAUUUUUCAUGUUUUGAAUCUUCAAACAUUCAAAAGUGAACUUGCUUUAUAUGUCACACCGUAAAUCUGUUCUGUACAAUCAUUUUUUUGUGUUACACUUAUUUUCAAACAUUAUAGAUUUCUAAUAAAAGAAAAAAAAAAGUACUUUUCAAAUGCUUUCGUUUUUGGGGACUGUGAAUGCUGACAAUCAAUGAAUGCUGAUGUGCACAGUAAAGAAUAAAAUCAAUACAAAUACAGAAA